GCCUCGUUGGGGGUUCGUUUUAUUCAGAACAAGGUGGUGCUUCUGAUUACCUGUGUUUGCCACUGAACCCAAUAUAUGGUCUAUAUAAAUCUGGUAAUCAAGAAUCUCGUGCUCGCAUUUAUGGCGCUGAAUAUCAAUCAGAAUCUGAUGGCAUAUUUCCAAGCAGCCUGUACCAGCACGAUGUUCCAUGUGCCGUGUGUCAUGUGACCAAUCGUGCUUCUCAAAUUAUGAUACCUGCUCGUAACGUUUGCCCAAGUGGAUGGACACGUGAAUACCAAGGAUACCUCAUGGCCGAAAAAUAUUCUCACUAUCGUACAAUGCAUACAUGUGUGGAUAAAAACCCUGAAUACAUACAAGGAAGCAGUGCCAAUACCAACGGAGCAUUAUUUUAUUUCGUUGAAGGAAAAUGUGGCUCACUUCCCUGCCUACCAUAUGUCGACGGACGUGAGCUGACAUGCGCAGUGUGCACUCGUUAA